CCCGGCCUCCGCCGCUGACGUCACAGAAGGGCAGCGCUGAGUCGCAGCGUUCCUUGGGGGUUAGGAGCGUGAGAGGCCAGAAAGUGGCCCAGCGAGAGGAAGUCUUGCGGUUCCCAUCGGGCUGCUUCCUCGCGCGAGUGACGGGCUUCGCUGCCUUCUAGGGUUCAGACUCCUCUGACGGACGUCCGAACCGAGGAAUCGGAGCUCCGACAAGUCCAGAGGGUGUUGAAAAGCAUGGACGAUCACCAAUAGCAUGCCGGAAGAGCCCGGCGCCGUCCAAUCGCCGCCCUGGAGCCCCGCCCCGGCGUGUGACGUAGUAGGGUGGGUAGCAACAGUUGCCCCGGUGAGGGAAACGGAGGCGCCAUAGCCACGGUAGUCGUGGCGACCAAGCAACCCAGCAACGCCAGUCAACAACAACAACCGCGGCCGCCCCCCGCCCCCACGCCCCCGGCCCGGCCUGGGGACCCCGGCGCGCGUGGUCCCCUCUGCACAGCGCCCACGCACCUCCUCAAAGCCUUCCGCGGACACAAGUGCGGAGAAGCCGAGGAAGAGGAAAACCGCCUUAUUUAUUAUCACUCACUGUUGGCAUGGCAACACAGUCCUAUGUUACUGAGCUACAGGCAGCCCCACAAGCAUCCCAGCCGCCACAAGCCCCACCCCAGGCCCUGCCCCAGCCACCACCCCCAACAGCACCCCAGCCUCCUGCUGCAGCGACCCCCCAGCCCCAGUAUGUCACCGAGCUGCAGAGCCCCCAGCCCCAGACGCAGCCUCCGGGCAGCCAGAAGCAGUAUGUGGCAGAGCUUCCGGCUGCCCCUGCACCCUCACAGCCUGCCACACCUGCCCCAUCCCCUGUGGCCCAGCAGUACAUCGUGGUCACCGUCUCAGAAGGUGCCAUGCGGGCUAGUGAGACUGUGUCAGAGGCCAGCCCCAGUUCCACAGCAAGCCAAACCGGUGUCCCCACCCAGGUGGUACAGCAGGUGCAGGGCAGCCAGCAGCGGCUGCUGGUCCAGGCAAGUGUGCAGGCCAAGCCAGGCCACGCAUCACCCCUGCAGCUUACAAACAUCCAGGUACCACAGCAGGCUAUCCCCACACAGCACCUGGUGGUGCAGAGUGCAGCGCCGGGCACAAAGGGUGGCCAGGUCUCCCUGACGGUGCACCCUGCCCCUGAGAGGUCGCCAGUGCAGGCCAACAACUCCACCAGCAAGACAGCUGGGGCUCCUGCAGGCACGGUACAGCAGCUACAGGUCCACAGCGUCCAGCAGAGUGUCCCUGUCAGCCAAGAGAGGUCGGUAGUCCAGGCCACUCCACAGACCAAAGCUGGCGCGGUGCAGCAGCUGACUGUGCAGGGACUGCAGCCAGUUCACGUUGCUCAAGAGAGCUCAGGCAGUCAGUUUCCCGCUAGGAAGGCAGAGCAGCAAGAACCCCGGCCCACGCCGCCACCGGAGCCGCCGCCCCGGCCUCCCGGGCCCGGGCCAGCGUGCUGCGGCGAGGCCUCGCAGCUAGGCAGCCCAGAGCAGCAGCCGCUCCAUUACGAGCCGGGCGUGGAGCAGUGGGUGGAGCUGGUGGGCGUGCUGCCCCCACACCUGCUCCUGCCGCAGCAGAGGGUAGUCUUCGAGCCACUGCCGGGGCUCUCGGCCCGAGCCAGCCCUGACCUGAGGGUCAGGAUCCACAGAAUUCCCCAGGUGCUAGUGUUCGGCACCGCCCUCAAAGUACAGCAGCUCCAGCAGGUGCCUGUCCCACAUGUGUACCCCAGCCAGGUGCAGUAUGUGGAGGGUGGCGAUGCCAGCUACGCAGCCAGCGCCAUCCGCUCUAGCACCUACCCCUACCCCGAGACGCCCAUCUACACACAGCCAGCAGGCACCAGCUACUAUGAGGCUCCAGGCACCGCGUCCCAGGUCAGCACACCGGCUACUUCCCAGACCGUGGCCAGCAGUGGCUCGGUGCCCAUGUAUGUGUCCGGCAGCCCGAUUGUCGCCAGCUCCUCCAGCAGUGAGGCCGGGGCCAGCAACAGCAGCGUGGGGGCAGGGGGCAGCGGGGGAGGUGGCAGCGGCGGCGGUGGCGGCGGCGGCGGCGGCGGCGGCGGCAGCAGCGGCGGCAGCAGUAGCAGUGGAGCAGGCACCUACGUGAUCCAAGGUGGCUACAUGCUAGGCAAUGCCAGCCAGUCUUACUCCCACACCACCCGUGCCUCACCAGCCACAGUCCAGUGGCUCCUAGACAAUUAUGAGACCGCCGAAGGCGUGAGCCUGCCGAGGAGCACCCUGUACUGCCACUACCUGCUGCACUGCCAAGAGCAGAAGCUGGAGCCCGUCAACGCCGCCUCUUUCGGCAAGCUCAUCCGCUCGGUGUUCAUGGGGCUACGCACACGCCGCCUGGGCACCAGGGGCAACUCUAAAUACCACUACUACGGCCUGCGAAUCAAAGCCAGCUCACCCCUGCUGCGGCUGAUGGAGGAUCAGCAGCACAUGGCCAUGCGAGGCCAGCCCUUCUCCCAGAAACAGAGGCUCAAGCCCAUCCAGAAGAUGGAGGGCGUGGCCAACGGUGUUGCCGUGGGGCAGCAGAGCACAGGGCUGUCAGACAUCAGCGCCCAGGUGCAGCAGUACCAGCAGUUCCUGGAUGCCUCCAGGAGUCUCCCUGAUUUUGUUGAGCUGGACCUCCAGGGCAAAGUGCUGCCUGAGGGUGUCGGCCCUGGGGACGUCAAGGCCUUCCAGGUCCUGUACCGGGAACACUGUGAGGCCAUUGUGGACGUCAUGGUAAAUCUCCAGUUCACACUGGUAGAAACACUGUGGAAGACCUUCUGGAGAUAUAACCUUAGCCAGCCUAACGAGGCACCACCGCUGGCUGUGCAUGACGAGGCAGAGAAGCGGCUGCCCAGGGCCAGUCUGGUGCUCCUCUCCAAGUUCCAGCCUGUGCUGCAGUGGACCAAGCGCUGUGACAAUGUGCUGUACCAGGGCCUGGUGGAGAUCCUCAUCCCUGACGUGCUGCGGCCCAUCCCCAGUGCCUUGACCCAAGCAAUCCGGAACUUUGCCAAGAGCCUAGAGAGCUGGCUCACCCAUGCCAUGGUGAACAUCCCUGAGGAGAUGCUGCGGGUGAAGGUGGCGGCGGCCGGCGCCUUCGCACAGACGCUGCGGCGCUAUACGUCACUCAACCACUUGGCACAGGCGGCGCGAGCCGUGCUGCAGAAUACCGCGCAGAUCAACCAGAUGCUGAGCGACCUCAACCGCGUGGACUUCGCAAAUGUGCAGGAGCAGGCCUCGUGGGUGUGCCGCUGCGAGGACCGGGUGGUGCAGCGUUUGGAGCAGGACUUCAAGGUGACGCUGCAGCAGCAGAACUCGCUGGAACAAUGGGCAGCCUGGCUGGACGGCGUUGUGAGCCAGGUGCUCAAGCCCUACCAGGGCAGUUCCGGCUUCCCCAAGGCGGCCAAGCUCUUCCUCCUCAAGUGGUCCUUCUACAGCUCCAUGGUCAUCCGGGACCUGACCCUGCGCAGCGCUGCCAGCUUCGGCUCCUUCCACCUCAUCCGGCUGCUCUAUGAUGAGUACAUGUACUAUCUGAUCGAGCACCGCGUGGCCCAGGCCAAGGGCGAGACCCCGAUCGCAGUCAUGGGAGAGUUUGCAAAUCUGGCCACCUCGCUGAAUCCCUUGGACCCUGACAAAGACGAGGAGGAAGAGGAGGAGGAGGAGAGCGAGGAUGAGCUGCCACAAGACAUCUCGCUGGCUGCGGGCAGCGAGUCCCCGGCUCUGGGCCCAGAAGCCCUAGAACCACCGGCGAAGCUGGCGCGGGCUGACACACGUGGCCUCUUUGUGCAGGCCCUGCCCUCCAGCUAAGCCCAAGACGUCCCUGCCCCCUCCGCCCACCCAACCUGCCGUUGCUGCCCCUCCAGGCCAGGGUCAGUCCCUCCAGGCCAGGGUCCGGUCCCUCAGCUUUUGUGGCUUCACUGUCACCCUUCCAGCCCACGACAGCUGGAGAGGGUCCCUGUGACAGGGAAGGCUAGGGGAGCCUCCCCUCACAUGGAGCCGGUACAAUCAUGGGCUGGGCUGGGCAGAGCUGAAGCUGCAAACCCUGACACAAAAGACGUGCCUUAAGGAGCCUGCCCAGGUGUCCCUCUCUCUCCUGCCCCAGCUCGAAGCCCUGUUCCCCCACUACCACCCCAGAGGGCAGCAGGCCGGCCCCUCCCCUGCGAACUGUUAACUUAUUCUGCUCUCUGGCUUUGCACAGCCUGCCUGGGCAGACCCAAGCCUGGGCAGGCGCAGGUGGGUGGCACCCGGGACCCCCACUGUCAGCAGCAGCAGCAGCCCCACUGCUCCCCUUUCUUGGUAUAAGUGCAAUUAAAGCUGUGGGUGUCGCACCUUCUCCAGAGCUGGGUUCUCCUGGCCCCGCAGCCCAGAGAGGGGCAUAUUGUGAAGGGCCCCCGGCCUCCAGCUUCCAAAGAGGAGCAUCCGGCUGGCUGCAGGGCCAGGUGCUCCAGACGUGAGGCCGUGCCCUGCGCCUUCCACCCUACUGGCUUGUGACCGAAACCUGCUCCCAGAGAUGCUUCUCCUCCGUGCCGUGCCCCGACCCCUGUAACUAUUGUGUGAUUAGUGAGUGCCGCUUGAGCGGAGUCAGUAACUUGUUGGUUUUUUUCCAACCAUCAUGGCCUUAUCCGUUCCCGUUUUCUCAGUGUCUUCAAUCUGUGAUAGAUGUUUAUGGAAAAAAAAAAAGGAAAUCCGGCCUAUUGUAUAGAAAUCACUAUUUUGUGUGCUCCGCGUGCUACAGCUUUGGGGUGGUCCUGCACACUCCCCAUGGGGUCUCCCUUCCCAGUGGUGAAAGUAUCCACGCGCGUGGUAGUUUAGUGUGCUGUUUUCUACCUUUUUGUAGUCUUUCUUAAAACAAUAAAUACUGCUGUGAUCUUUGUCUGUUGAUGAUUA